AUGGAAGCGGCGGAGAAGCGAGGCAAAGUGCGAGUGCUCGUCUGCGGCAACGCCGGGUCGGGGAAGACGACGUUAUUGAGACACGUGAGAGACGAAGUGGACGUAUCGACGACGAUUCAGACGACGGUUCAGACGACGACUUCAACGACUUCAAAAACGACGAGCAAAAGCACAAGUGAAAAUAAAAAGAACGAGACAAAAAUGCUGAACUUACUGGUGGAAAACGUAGAAAGGACGAUUGGAUGCUCCGCGGACGUGAAAUUGAUAUUCCACGAACACGCGAGGACGGAGCAUUUCGUGGAAUUGUGGGAUGUUGGCGGUCACGACCAGUUUAAAGACGAUCGAGCGGCGUUUUUUAGGGACAUAAAUGCUGUCAUUUUAGUGCACGAUGCCUCGCAGAAAAAUAGCGCUUUGACGUUGGAAAGAUGGGCGAGAGAAAUUGCGCAACAAGGGACGUUUGUGGCACCGGAUACGCACACACCAAAUCCGUGGGUGACGAGUACGAGAGAUCCGCACGUUAUAUACGGGUUUGGGGGGUUACCGGUGCCGUGUUUGGUGAUUUCGAACAAGAGCGAUAAAGCGUACGUUCUCGGGAAAGGGGACGUGGCCGGAUUGAAAGCGAAGACGGCGUUUGGCGGAUUUUUGAAGAAGAUUGGCUUGAAAUUACAGCCAAUACUUCCGACGACGACGUCGAAUAGUAAUAUUAGCGGUAGUAGCAACAACGCCAUGGGACUCAUUGACGAGGAUUAUAAUGAUUUAGUUUCCUCGCAAGGAGGUUCGCCGACGCUCGGAUUUCGAAAUUCUCAUCAUCAUCGCCAAGGCUCGAGCGGGAAUAAUAUGGAUUACUUCUUAGACCCGAGAGUACCGAGAGGCGCGUUGGAUAAAAGGCCAAUACCAAGAGGUCUGAGGUGUUCUGCUUUACACGGACGGGUGGAUCAUUCCUCGUUCGACGCGUUCUUUAAAGAGAUAAUCGAUCGGAGGUAUUAUUCAAACCUUUCGGUAAAUCUAUCGUCUGUGCCAUCGACGCAAAAUCAGGCGCCGGACUCGUCAAACUUGAUCAGACGAUCGCACGAUUCUUUUGCCUUUAGCAACGAUUUAGUUUAG